UUGAGCACGUGCUGCGGGUUGGGGCCGUGGGGCGUGUGUCUGUGGAUCUGAUUUUCUAGUGAACCCGUAAUACACUGCAGCGUCUUCGAAACGACUAGACGUUCGUCCCCGCCCCGGGCGUGCUGCACACGGCGACCUCGCCGCAGGAGCUGCUAGCUAGAGGAGCACCGGUGCCCUGCGGUCUGCACGCGCGGCCCGGCGACAUGGCGGCGACGUUCGGGAUCCACAUCGGGGCGACGACCAUGUCGAUUGCCGUGAGCGCCGGCGGCCGGGUGGAGGUGCUGGCCAACCCGUCCGGCGAGCGUGUCACGCCCGCCGUGGUGCGCUACAUGGAGAAUGAGGAGGUGGUGGGCACGGCAGCCAAGCAGGGCUCGGUGCGGCACGCGGCCGUGACGGCGGCGCGCGCCCGCUGCCUGCUGUCGGCGGACGACCGCCAGGCGGCGCUGCAGUCGCGCCUCUGUCCGGCGGACGCGGAGCGCGGCUUCCUGGUGCGCCGCGAGGAGGGCGCCGAGCAGGUGCACUCGGCCACGGACGUGCUGGUCACCCUGCUGAGGCACCUGCACGACGUGGCGCAGCGACAGGUGGGCCUGGACCAGACCCAGUUCGACUCGGUGCUGGCCGUGCCGGCGUACUUCUCGGCCGACGAGCGGCGCGCGCUGCGCGAGGCGACCGAGGCGGCUGGCUUCCACGUGCGCCAGCUGGUACUAGAGCCGGUGGCGGCGCUGCUGGCGCACGGCGUCGGCCAGGCGCCGGACGAGGCCGGCGUCAGCGUGUGUCUGGUGGUGCGCGCCGGCGGCGCCACCUCCGACGCCAGCGUCCUCCGCUCGUCGUCAGGCAUGUACUCGCUGCUGGAGACCGUGCACCGGGCCGACCUCGGCGGCGACGCGCUCACCGACCUCGUGGCCGACUUCCUGGCCGCCGAGUGCACGGCCAAGUGGAAGACAGACCCGCGCGAGUCGCGCAAGGCGCUCGCCAAGCUGCGCUCGGCCGCCGAGGUGGCCAAGCACGUGCUCUCGUCGAUGGCGACGGCGCAGUGCUAUGUGGAGUCGCUGCUGGACGGCGUCGACUUUGGCUGUCAGGUGACGCGCGCGCGGCUGGAGAGCGUACUGGCGCCGGCGCUGCAGCAGUGGGUGGAGCUGGCGCGUGCCGCCGUCGCCGGCGCCGGCGUCGACGCCGUCGACCGGCUGGUGCUGGCCGGCGGCGCGGCGCGCGUGCCGCGCCUGCAGCGGCUGCUGGCGGCCGCCUUCCCGGCGGCGCGGCUGCUGGCGGUGCCGGCGCUGGACGAGCUGCUGGCCGAGGGCGCCGCGCGCCAGGCGGCGCUGCUCGGU